AUGGUGCUCGCCCAACUUGGUUUUCUGACAGGCGCCCUGACUACCGGAAAGAGCGUGGCCGAAUCGCUUGGUCCGCUUGUUUUCAGCUUCCUCUUUGAGGCCUUCAACGGUUCUGGGCAGACUGCUGAGUCGGGUCAGCUGCAUUCUAGGCUUCCAAUCUUGGUGGCUUUCGCCCUGUCACUGCCACUGCUCUGCAUCGUCACGGCGCUCCCGAACAAGCUGGCCAGCUACAUCAUCCAGAAGCAGGCGGCGGAGCAGAGUGCUAUCCUGGAGCUGGAGAACUUGGAGGCCGAAGAUGUAAGCUUGCUGGACAAGUCGCAGAGGGAGAGGCUGCUUUGA